CUAUCAUGUGAUUGGCACGAAAAAGGGAAUCAGAAAAACAGAGAUUAUUGUGAUUCUUUAUAGAAAACAUUUCUGUUUCAAUUGAAUUGAAAUUUUAUAAUUAUUCAAUUACAACAUGAGCAACAAAACGAAAAAGGGCAAUGGUAACGACGGUGGUCAAACCAAAGUGUCCAAACAACGUUCACAGGACUCGCAGGACUAUAGUUCCUUCAAAGUUGUCCUGUUCUACUGCUCGCUGAUAGUAUUCCUUCCGGUUGUGACGUUCUUUGCGUUGAAGGGAUUUGUGCUGGAGCAAUUCUUUACCAUGUCGGAUGUGAAAGUGAACAUUGCAGCAGCUGUGGGCGCGGUUGGCGCAUUGCAUGUUGCAUUGGGUCUCUACAUAUAUCGGGCAUACUUUGGUGGAUCGGAUUCAAAGGCGUCGCAGUCCAAACAGGAUUAACCAACACAGGGAGUAGCAGAUGCAGGGGCAACUGCAACAGCGACUGUUAAAUAUGUAACAAUUCCAUUUCCAACUGCAACGUUUAUGUUUUUGCUUCGUUUAUUUGUUCUAAGCUUAGUGACUGUAGCGUUAAGUAAACUAAUAAUUACAACUA